AUGGAGGAGUUCUUGUGUAAAAAUAGUAUUAAGCAUGUAACACCAGCUCCUUAUAAUCCAUCCUCCAAUGGUCUAGCUGAAAGGGCUGUGAGAACAUUCAAGGAGGGCCUGGGAAACUUUAAGAAGGGAGAUAUUCAGACCAGAAUUUGUAGAUUUUUGUAUAACUAUAGGAGGACUGUGAAUUCUUCCACGGGUAAGACCCCAGCAGAAAGAAUGUUCAGUAGGAAUUUCAAAGGUACUGUUGAAUCAGUUAAACUGAAAGACAAAUCUUUAAGGAAAAUGAGGGAUGAAAUUUUCCAGGAGGAAGGUAAAUUGUAUAAAGUCAAUGAUGCUGUGUUUGUUCGUAAUUUUGGGAAAGGUUCACCAUGGGUGGAAGGAAAGAUUGUGGAAGUACUUGGGUUGAGAAAUUAUAAGGUGGAAGUACAGAGUUUUGGUAAUAUUAUUUGGACAAGACAUGCAGAUCAGAUUAUGCAUAGAUAUAUGGGUGACUUUAACCAAUCCAAUAAAGAAGUGUUAUCCAAUAAUUCUAAGUCAUCUGUAAAUUUGAGUGAUUCUAGUGCUUUCAUUUCAGACACUAGUACCAUGUGA